AUGAAGGAAUUAAUCAAGUUGUAUAAGUUUUUGGUGAGGAGAACAGGGAGCAGCUCCAAUGCGGUGAUAUUGAAGAGGUUGUUCAUAAGAAAGACUAAUAAGCCACCGAUCUCGCUCAAGAGGCUUGUCACUUUCAUGAAGGGAAAUGAGGACAAGAUUGCGGUAAUUGUCGGCCCUGUGACAGAUGACAAGCAUGUCUACGAGGUUCCUGCAAUGAAGGUGGCAGCUUUGAGGUUCACGGAGACUGCUCGGGCCAGGAUCAUCAAGGCUGGUGGGGAGUGCUUGACGUUCGAUCAGCUUGCACUGAGGGCAGCACUUGGUCAGAACACGGUAUGAUCUUAACCAUCUUUGUAACG